UCUUGUUGUGUCUGCUCAGAAGGAGAAACACCUGUUAAUUUGAAAAUGAAGAUUAUAAAAAGCUGGGAGCAUGCUUGUAGUUAGUAGGUUAAUUUUUUUUUCUCCCAACAAGAGCCUCCAUACACACUCAAAGAGCAGGGGAUGGCUGUCUCUGGGCUCCCUCGCAGCCCUCAGCUGUGCCCCCAGGCCAUGGGGUGUCGUUUUGGCAGGGGGGAUGCGAAGGGGCUGCGAUGCCACUGCUGCUCCCCAGCUGCGGCCCUCCCUGCCCACGGACAGUUGGUGGGGACAGUUGGAGGCGUUGGGCCGGCAGUUCUCCCCCAGCAGGGCCAUUCCGGACUACAUCCCCUCAAAAAACAGGGCGUGAGGCAGCCCCGGCCAGCAGUGAUGGGGGUGCUGCUGCGGCUGCUGGUGCUGCUGGGCCUGUCGGGGUGCCCUUCCGCCCUGGGGGAGCUGCCUGGGGAGCUGCGCGUUGCUGCCAAAUGGGUGGCGGUGCCGCGGCAGCUGAGCCCCCGGGCUGACACCGACCCCCAGGCUGUGUCCUACUGGCUGGAGGUGGAGGGGCGGCCACGGUUGCUGCGCCUGCGGCCCCGGCGGGGCCUGAUCUCCCACCCCUUCACCUUGAUCACCUACGGCAAGGACGGGACCCGCUGGGAGGAGCACCCCUUUGUGCAGGACAACUGCUUCUACCAGGGCAAGGUGCAGGGCAGCCCCGGCUCCCUGGUGGCCCUCAGCACCUGCGGCAGGGGCCUCCGUGGCGUGCUCUGGGUGGAGGAUGGCACCUACGAGAUGGAGCCCAUCCCUGACGAUCCAGCCUUCCGGCACAUUCUCUACCGCAUGGAGAGGGCCAACGACUCCGUGGGUCCCACCUGCGGGCUGACCUCGGAGGAGAUGAAGCACCAAGAAGUUUUGCUGCCUUGGUUCAAGGCCUUCCGGGCUGUGCAGGAGGAAGAGGAAGAGGAGGAGGAGGAGGAGGAGGAGACAGUGAAGGACUGGUGGAUGCAUGUCAGGUAUGUGAAGAUGGUAGUGGUCGUGGACAACGUGCGGUUUGUGAAGUCAGGCAGGAAUGAAUCUGAAGUCUUGAGGCAAGUCAUAGAAAUCAUCAACAUUGCAGACUCUCUGUACAACCAGCUUUCUGUUCAUCUGUUUCUUUUGGCAUUGGAGAUUUGGACUGAAAAGAACCCUAUAAUCCUUACAAACGACAUCGGCAAGGCACUCGAUAGCUUUAACAAAUGGCGAAAAUCAGAGCUGUCUCCACGGAUGCGCCAUGAUUCUGCUCACUUAUUCGCAUAUCAGCGCUUUGGUAGGAGGCUGGGAUUGGCAUUUCUAGGGUCUGUGUGUGAUAACCAGUGGUCAUCAGCAGUUUGUUCCUUCACUAAUAGGAAGUUGUCCUCAUUUAUUGUCACGUUUUCCCACGAGCUGGGCCAUAUUCUUGGGAUGCGCCAUGACACAGAGCACUGUAAAUGCAGACGGAAGAAAUGCAUUAUGCAUGAACACGAUGUCGAUACCGAUGCAUUCAGUGACUGCAGUUACAAAGACUACUUUGACCUGCUUUCGCAUGGUCUUGGCUGCAUUCGUCGACCUCCAGUACCUGGCACUUUCUACAACUUGAAGCGUGAAUACUGUGGGAAUAAGGUAGUAGAAAAUAGAGAGCAAUGUGACUGUGGUUCACCAUCAAGUUGCAGAAAGGAUCCUUGUUGUCACCCAAACUGUACGCUUACUGCAGGUUCAGUCUGUGCUUUUGGAAAAUGCUGCAAGCGCUGUCAGUUCCUUCCAGCAGGAACACUCUGCAGAGGAAGUACUGGCUACUGUGACCUGCCGGAGUACUGCAAUGGGACUUCCCCUCAGUGCCCGCUGGAUAUGUACAUGCAAGAUGGAACCCCUUGCAAAGGUGAUGCUUAUUGCUAUCAAGGAAAAUGUCCUUCCCACAGUAGACAGUGCAAGCAUCUCUUCGGCAAACGAGCCGGGGUCGCUCCUUUAGAUUGCUUCAAAGCAGUGAAUACUCGAGGUGACCGUUUUGGGAAUUGUGGUAUUCGUGACAAUACCCAUUUUACAAAAUGCAGUAUUGAGAAUAUCUUAUGUGGUAGGAUCCAGUGUGAAAACAUAAACAAAUUGCCUGUCUUGCAAAGCCAUGUAACGCUACUCCAAACCCCUGUUGGAGAUAAGAAGUGUUGGGGUUUCGACUAUCACCCAGGGAUACCAAUAGAUGACAUGGGGGCUGUGGAAGAAGGCACACCAUGUGGUAGUGAAAAGCUUUGUAUCAACAGGACAUGUACCAGCUUGUCAGUGCUGAACUAUGACUGCAACCUGACAAUGUGUCACAACAGAGGAGUGUGUAACAGUCGUAAGAACUGUCAUUGCAGCUAUGGCUGGGCUCCUCCAUAUUGUGAAUGGGAAGGACUGGGGGGGAGCAUUGACAGUGGACCCCCUCCACCCAGGAAGCUGUUUGAGGCAGCAAAGACAGGAUUCAUGGUGUUUAGCCUUGUUUUACUCUUUAUUCUUGGAGUAACCCUUGCCACACGUUAUAGACAGGAAAUAAUGGGAUGUGUUCGGAAGAAAAAGGCCUGGUUCCACAGAAGAUAGCAGUUGUUUGAGAGAGUGGAAAUGCCAGCAGUUCCUAAAGCAGAAUGCCUGCUGGUGAGUCAGAAUCUACCACAAAGCAGUUGCUGAAGACCAACAAGCAGUAGCUUUGGAUGCUCCUUUGGAAAUCUCCCUUGAAUCUCCCAGCUGAUAACUCUUCAAAACAAUUCUUCAGCACAUUCUGAAUAGU